AUACCCCCAAUCACCACGUUGCUCCCAAUCACCACGUUGCUGUGACUGGUUGACUUAGCUGCCACCAAUAACCCACCAUACACCAAUUGAUUGCGCCAAUUGGCCGUUGAAGGACAUCGAAAGCAAAGAUGCCUAUGCUCGCAGAGCCGUGGAAGAAGUACAAGGCGUUUAAGCCGCUGAACCUUCCAGACAGGACAUGGCCCAGCAAGACAAUCGAGAAGCCCCCAAGAUGGCUGUCAACGGAUCUGAGAGACGGUAAUCAGAGUCUGGUCGACCCUAUGGUUUGUUGGAACUGCAUGCUCUAUGGCAUUGAUGUACUUACGCUGGGCAGGACGGCGAGCAGAAGUGGGUGUACUUCCAGAUGCUCACAAGACUCGGCUACAAGGAGAUCGAAGUCUCCUUCCCCUCCGCCUCGCAAACCGACUUCGACUUCACACAGCGCCUGGUCCAAACUCCCGGUAUAGUACCCGACGAUGUCUGGCUGCAAGUCCUGUCGCCGUGCCGCAAAGAGCUCAUCCGCCGCACCGUCGACUCCCUCAAGGGCGCGAAGCAGGCCAUUCUCCACCUGUACCUCGCGACCAGCCCGUGCUUCCAGCAGAUCGUCUUCAACAUGAACGACGAGGAGACACUCGCCCUGGCAGUCGAGUGCACAAAGUACGCGAGAUCAAUCACCAAGGACGACCCAGAGCAGGCAGGAACGCAUUGGCACUACGAGUUCUCGCCCGAGACGUUCUCCGACUCCAAGCCUGAGUUUGCGCUGGAGGUCUGCGAGGCAGUCAAGGCUGCGUGGGAGCCUACGGUCGAGGACCCCAUCAUCUUCAACCUGCCGGCGACGGUCGAGAUGGCUACGCCGAACGUCUACGCCGAUCAGAUCGAGUUCUUCUGCAGGAAUAUCACCGAGCGCGAGAAGAUCUGCGUGUCUCUGCACCCCCACAACGACCGUGGCUGCGCCGUCGCAGCGGCAGAACUCGCACAGAUGGCUGGCGCGGACCGUGUAGAAGGCACCCUGUUUGGUAAUGGCGAGCGCACUGGCAAUGUCGACCUCGUGACCCUCGGGCUCAACCUGUACACGCAGGGUGUCCACCCCAAGAUCGACUUUUCCGACCUAAAAUCCAUCAUCGACAUGGUCGAGACCUGCAACAAGAUCCCCAUCCACCCGCGCGCCCCUUACGGCGGCCAGCUCGUCGUCUGCGCCUUCUCCGGCUCGCAUCAAGACGCCAUCAAGAAGGGCUUCCAGAAGCGCAAGCAAGAAGACGCAACCAACGAAUCCCCCUGGCAGAUCCCCUACCUGCCCCUCGACCCGCAGGACAUCGGCCGCACAUACGAAGCCAUCAUCCGCGUCAACUCGCAAUCCGGCAAGGGCGGCGUGGCCUGGAUCAUCCAGCGCCAGCUGGAGCUCGACCUGCCGCGCGGCUUGCAAAUCGCCUUCUCCAGGAUCGUGCAGAAGGAGACGGAUAGCCUUGGCCGCGAGCUGCUGCCCACAGAGAUCACAAAGCUGUUCGAGAAAGCGUACCAUCUCAAGCGCAACCCGCGCUUCGGCCUCAUCGACUACGACAUCGUGGCCGACCGCUCCAAGACCCCCGAGCCGCCGCAGGAGGGCAAGACCAACAAGACUUCAAACCUGCGCCGUAUCUUCAAGGGCGUUCUCGAGAUCGACGGCCAGGAGCACAAAAUCCAGGGAAGUGGCAACGGCGCUAUUUCGUCUCUGGCCGAUGCGCUGAGGGGUCUGGGAAUCGAGCUGGAUGUUGUGGAUUACAACGAGCACACAAUCGGCACGAACAAGGAUGCCAAGGCUGCGACGUACAUUGGAUGUGUCGUUGCGGGUGGAAGCCAGAAGGUGUGGGGUGUGGGUAUUCACCAUGAUGUUGUGCAGGCGUCUUUGAUUGCGCUGUUGAGUGCGGCUUCUUCGUUCUUGUCUUCGAGACCGAGCACUCCGAUUCCGUUUAGACCGAAGAGGUCGAACACUUUGGAGAUCCCGAGUAUUGAGGGCAGCCCCCUGAGAACUGGUGAGAGUGCUGACAAGCAGAAUGGCACACAUGUUGAGAAGUUGGAGGCGAUGGUAAGCGGCGAGCAGGCUGAUGUCAAGAGUGCGGGUGUCUGAUCGAUCAAUUACUGACUUCUCUUAUUCUUCUUCUUCUUCUUCUUCUUCUUCUUCUUCGGUUCAAUCUCAAGUUGAAAUCGCAUUGGUAUUGGAGCUUGGUGUU